UCAGAGCUGUUGUUGGAGGAAGAGGAGGAGCUUUUCCCUCUUCAUCACCAGCUCUCUGAGCUCCAGGUAGCUGAAGGAUCUUUGAGGUUCUGGAGUAAUAUCUGUGUGGUUCUGGUUCUGUUCUGGUCCGACCCGUUCUGCUUGGUGGGCCAUGCAGCGCUGCGCCUCCUCCCAGCCUCUUGUGGAGGAGAUCCAAGCUGAGGAAGAGGAGGAGGAGGAAGAGCAGGAGGUGUUUCAGGAGACGGGAGGCGUUAACGAGGAGCAGGUCGGUCCGGUGGAGGAGGCGUCGGCCCAGGAACCCGAUGGCCGGCCGGCUCCUGUGGAGCAUAAGAACGGGAAGCGGGCCGAAGCCGGACCCGGCGUGGCUGACGGCGGUCCGAGGUUCUCCAUGUUCACCUGGCUGAUGGUCGUGGCUCUGCUGGGUGUCUGGAGCUCCGUGGCCGUCUUCUACUUUGACAUCGUGGACUACGACAGAGUCCUGGCGAGGGCGCAGGAGUUUCGUAUGAACUUUUCUGAAGUUCUGCAAGGGAAACUAGCCGCCUACGACACGGACGGAGACGGAGACUUCGACGUGGAGGACGCCAAAGUUCUGCUCGAUCAGAGGAGGUUCAGAGGAAGCUCUGAGCGGAUCAGAACAGAGGAGGAGAAGAAGAGAGGGAGGCGCAGAGCACCAGGAGAGACUUCAGGGGAGGCUGAAACGAACCAAACCAAAGCUCAGACUUCGGGUCCUCUGGUCCGAGGCGUCAAGCUGCGCUCGGCUCUGAGGGAGGAGCUCAGGCUGAUCCACGAGAAGAUGGAGGCCAAGAGGAUCGCUCGGAUCGCACUGGCCGAGAUCCGGGCGCUCCUGGCUGAGGAGGAGCAGGAGAGGGAGGAGGCUUGGGCACAGAAGAUGAAGGACCUGGAAACAGCUCAGGAGCAACUGAGGGAAGAGAGGAGGAUAGAAGAGCAAAGGGUGGAGAGGGAAAGGGCGGAGAGGGAGAGACUGGAGAGAGAAAAGGUGGAGAGGGAAAGGGUGGAGAAGGAAAAGGCGGAGAAGGAAAGGGUGGAGAAGGAAAGGGCGGAGAGGGAGAGACUGGAAAAGGAGGAGAGGGACAGAUUGGAGAAGGAAAAGGCGGAGAAGGAGAGACUAGUGAGGGAAAAACUGGAGAAGGAGAGACUAGCGAGGGAAAGGGCGGAGAAGGAGAGACUAGUGAGAGAAAGGGCGGAGAAGGAGAGACUAGCGAGGGAAAGGGCGGAGACGGAGAGACUAGCGAGGGAAAAACUGGAGAAGGAGAGACUAGCGAGGGAAAGGGCGGAGAAGGAGAGACUAGCGAGGGAAAAACUGGAGAAGGAGAGACUAGCGAGAGAAAGGGCGGAGACAGAGAGACUAGCGAGGGAAAGGGCGGAGAAGGAGAGACUAGCGAGGGAAAAACUGGAGAAGGAGAGACUAGCGAGGGAAAGGGCGGAGAAGGAGAGACUAGCGAGGGAAAAACUGGAGAAGGAGAGACUAGCGAGGGAAAGGGCGGAGACGGAGAGACUAGCGAGGGAAAAACUGGAGAAGGAGAGACUAGCGAGGGAAAGGGCGGAGAAGGAGAGACUAGCGAGGGAAAAACUGGAGAAGGAGAGACUAGCGAGAGAAAGGGCGGAGACAGAGAGACUAGCGAGGGAAAGGGCGGAGAAGGAGAGACUAGCGAGGGAAAAACUGGAGAAGGAGAGACUAGCGAGGGAAAGGGCGGAGAAGGAGAGACUAGCGAGGGAAAAACUGGAGAAGGAGAGACUAGCGAGGGAACAAGUGGAACGACAGAGGGCAGAAAAAGAGAGGAGCGAGAGGGAACGCCUCAUCAAGGAGAGAGAAAGAUUAAGCCAAGAAAGAGCAGAAAAGGAAAGAUUAGAGAAGGAGAGACUCCAAAGAGAAAGGGUCGCCAAGGAGAAAGCAGAGAAAGAAAGAAUAGAGAGGGAACAACUUAGUAAGGAGAGAGAGAGAAUCGCCAAACAGAAGGAGCAACUAGAAAAAGAAAAAAUUGUCAAAGACAAAUCUGAAAAAGAACAAUUGGACAAGGACAAGGCCGAAAAAGAAAGACUGGAGAGGAUUGCUAGAGAAAGGGAAAGAAUGGCCAAAGAAAAAUCUGAAAAGGAAAAGAUAGACAGAGCAACUAAAGAGAAGGAAGAGAGAGAGAGGAUUGCUAGAGAAAGAGCUAGAUGGGCUCAGGAGAAGGAGAGAUCAGAGAAAGACCUGGCAGUGAGGAAGGAGAGGGAACAGAUGAUGAAGGAAAGAGAGAAGCAGGAGAGGGACAAGUUGGAGAAACAAAGGCUAUCCAGAGAGAAGGAACUGAUGGAGAGACAGCGGCUGGCUGGAGAGAAGGCCCUCCAGGAGAAGAUGGAGGCAGAGAGGUUGGCCAAGGAGAAGCAACUAAAUGCCACAAAGAACGACAUGAAGAGACGAGACCUUCCAGAGAGGAAGUACAAUGCUUCCCAAGCUUUAGCUCCAGCAGCCAUCAGGAGGGACAAGAUGGCUGCUGAUGGGACUAAAAACUGACUGAUGAAUGGACGAUGCUCCAACUCUAUAGUCCAGGGAAACUGAUGAACGCCUGGUUUAAAAACCAGGUUUAUCUGGGUUGGGUUUGUUUGGAUACAUGCAGGUGUUGUACCUGUUGGGAUAUUAGAGCCAAAUUCUGUUUGGUCUCCAUAGAUGGGCUGUAGGCCCAAAUAUACGAGCCGAGGGGUGACAGGUGGUAGGCAGGCAUUGAACCCAAAAGGACAUAAGUUUUUGACCGCUGUGGCUGAGUCUGUGUAAAUACUGUUGUGUGUACUUGGGAGUUAUUGGGUUUUGUGCAUUAAUUGUCUUGUCAGAGUUGAAUAAACUGGUGAACCUGAAAUGCAAGAAAACCCUUGGCACUGACUUUUACGUGCCACAAGAGGUACAAUGUUUGCCACCUAGAGCGUCUCAGCAAAGCAGCUAUGGAUCAACACUUCAGCAGUACAGUAUUACACUGGUUAGUACAAGGGAUGACACCAGUCCUCCUCUGUCUCCAACUUUUAGCAAGUUGAAUCAGAUACUUUUGUUUUGACAGAUAAGUGAAGAUUUCAAAAUGUCAUUGGGCUGUCACUUUAGACAAGUCACCUGUUAUUGGACACCCAAUCAUGGACACGUAGCGCUAAAGGAAACUUGGAAUAAACAUAUUUCAGAGAACCUGGCGUACCGUGGGAGCCAGAGUACCUCCAGGUAUCUGGAGAGUACCCCCAGGUACUCUCCAGAUGGAUGCUCCCCAUCCACAUGGAGACGUACAGAAAGGUCCCCAGGUCGGGAUUCAAACCCAGUCAACCGUUCUACCAUCAGCCCCACUCUGGUGUUUGGUUUGUAUCAGCUGGUGCUCCAUGUAGAUACUCCUAGCCACUUUAUUUUUCUUCAUAGUUGCAUGUUUUGGAUGAUCAAUGGGGAUAAUCAUAAAAGUGAUCAUAACAAAUAUAAAAUUUUAUUAAAUUCUGGGUUUUUUCCUAAAAACUUUACAGACCUUCCCAGAUUGCUGUUCUGAUCCCAGUUUGGGCCAAUUGAAGAAUGAAAGAUUUUGAUGUGUUAAUUACCAAAGAAAAUAAAAGUUGAAUCUUUGGAUCUCAAAGACGUUGGGAAACAUCCCCAACUUCUGAAAAAGUUGACCCAUGGUUGCAACAAAGUGUUGUACCUUUAAAAAAUGUUGCAUAAAACCAGUGGUAGGAACUGCUAACUAAAAAGUUAGCUGUGCUAACCCUAAAGCAGUAGUGGAGCGCUAAGGCACUACACUAACACAGUAUGUAGCGGAAGCUAAUGCUAAAAUUGCUCAACUGUCAAUAACAAGAACUUCAACACAGAUGUUGAACUUUAUUCAACUGAGUUUACAAAACACCAAGUAAAUUAAUGUUUUCAAAGUUAGCUAAAGUGCUAAGCUAAAGAUUAGCUCCUCUAUUAGCAGAAGUUUGUCCACCUCUGUAUAAAACAGACAUGAGGGCUGAGUGCAGAGACACCAGCUGCGUUUGAAUAUUGCUGUUGUGUAAAUGAUUGUUUACACAACAGCUCUGCAUCAGGAGCUCCAGCUCCUUUCUGCUGGUUCACAAACAUUCAACUUGUAAUUAUGGCAACUUUUGUCAGUUUCAUGUCUUUAAACAAUCAAUAAAAAGCAUCUUAACUCUGUAUGUAGAAGCACUGAAACUAGAACAUACCACAGGUAGAAACUUUAUUAUAAUACAUUUAAUAUAAAGAUAUGACCUCAUGUUUCUGUGUGGUUGUUUGUUAGGAUUGCUUUGGUUUAAGUUCAUUUCUGUUUUAUUUUAUUCAUUUUAUUCUUGGCUGUUUUGAGUUUGUAGUGAAAUGUUUGGAGUUCAGUUCAUGAUCCUCUGGGUUCCUCCUGGUGACGGCUGCCUGUAAACCACAUCAGUCAGGUUUCUCUUCUGCUUUCAUGUAUUUCCUGUCUGUACUUUAAUAAAACAGAGAAAAUGUUUUGGCUUCA